CCUUUGGCCUUUUUUAGUGCAUUUUGUAAAAGGCACAACAAUUAAUUUAAUUUCGGAAAUCUUGAAUAAAAACCGGUGUUCCUAAUCCAUCAUGUCCACCAGGUGGUAUCCCAUCUACCAGCGCGGUAAUCCGCAACUCCGGGUUUUCCUCCCCAACUUCUGGAUGAAAUUGAUUCGUCCCACGGAGGAGCAGCCCCCAAAUGUGGUCACCUUUUCGGUUUCAAUGGAAAUGACCAAAUACGAUGUGCGUAGCUACCUGGAGAAGAUCUACAAACUGCCAGUGGUGGAUGUGCGAACUCGUAUUGCCCUGGGCGAAACCAAAAAGGAUCAAACCUAUGGCUAUAUCACCAAGAAAGAUGAUGUGAAACUGGCUUAUGUAACAUUGCCCAGGGAAGAGUCGUUUGUCUUCCCCGAUUUCUUCUCGGAAAAGGCUGAAAAACAGGCCAAAGAAGAGAAGUCACUUGAUGACUCCAAGGAAGGUUUCCGCCGGUUUCUGGACAGGAAUAAGAAAAGGCCCGGCACUCCAGGCUGGUUUUCCAUUUAGUUUUUAAGUCUAUAGCCUAAGUUUCUUUGUUGUUUCAACGGGUAAAUAAACAUUUAUUUCGAAAGUCCGAAUAAUUUAAA